AUGAAUGCCUCGGUUCUCGCCCCACUGGCAAAUAUUUCCGGUCACCCGAAUUUUUCGGAGAUGAACUCGCAGAUCUUGCAGUUUGAGGACGAAGAUUGCCAUGUGCCUUUGGCCAUGUUCUUCACUUUGGCCUUGGCUUAUGGGACUGUGAUAAUUCUGGGAGUCUCUGGGAAUCUGGCCUUGAUUGUCAUUAUUUUAAAACAAAAGGAGAUGCGCAAUGUAACCAACAUCCUCAUUGUCAACUUGUCGUUUUCUGAUCUCCUAGUGACCAUCAUGUGUCUUCCCUUUACCUUUGUGUACACUUUAAUGGACCACUGGAUUUUUGGGGAGGCCAUGUGCAAGUUGAACCCUUUUGUGCAAUGUGCCUCCAUCACGGUCUCGGUCUUUUCGUUAGUCCUCAUUGCUAUCGAGCGCCAUCAGCUGAUCAUCAAUCCCCGCGGCUGGAGGCCGAACAACAGACAUGCCUACAUGGGGAUUGCUGCCAUAUGGAUUUUAGCCGCAGCUUCCUCUUUGCCUUUCCUGAUCUACCACGUAUUGACAGAUGAGCCCUUCAGAAAUGUAACGUUCGAUGAAUAUAAGGACAAAUAUGUGUGCUUGGACCUGUUCCCGUUGGACACUGCCAGGCUUUCUUAUACCACAACGCUUUUGGUGAUUCAGUACUUUGGACCACUUUGUUUUAUAUUUAUUUGCUACCUGAAGAUAUACAUACGAUUAAAAAAAAGGAACAACAUGAUGGACAAGAUGAGAGACAGUAAGUACAGAUCCUCUGAAACCAAAAGGAUCAACAUCAUGCUGAUAUCAAUAGUGGUCUCAUUUGCAGUUUGCUGGCUGCCUCUCACCAUCUUCAAUAUCGUGUUUGAUUGGAAUCAUGAAAUUUUGCCUGUUGCUACCUGCAGCCACAACCUGUUGUUCCUGAUUUGCCACCUCACUGCCAUGAUCUCCACCUGUGUGAAUCCCAUCUUCUACGGGUUUCUCAAUAAGAACUUCCAAAGGGACCUGCAGGUUUUUUUUCAUAUUUGUCAUUUCCACUCCCAUGAGGAGGAUUAUGAGACUAUAGCCAUGUCCACCAUGCACACAGAUGUCUCAAAAACCUCUUUAAAGCAGGCAAGCCCCAUCACAUUUAAAAAAAUAAAUAGUGAUGAUGAUGAAAAAAUAUAA